AUAUUGAAACUGGUGUUAAUAUUUUUAUUAAAUAAAACGUACGCGUAUAUCACACAAGAUAUUGAAAGAAUAUUGCUGCCGACAUGGAAUUCGACAAGUGCAAAAGAAAUACCACUAACUCUGAAAAUCUUGGGAAAACAAAUUCAGUUAAAUCUGCGUAGGAACGACCAAAUUGUAUCAUCCAAGUUUAAAUUAUGGAAAUAUGACGCAAGAAGCAUAACAGAAAAACUGUCGCAAUUAAAUGCAUCGGAUCCUUGCUAUUAUCUUCACAAAGAUCACAUCAGCACAGCGGCCAUAAAUUUUUGUCAAGAACAUGGUUGGGAAGGAUUUAUUUUUCUGAAAGACGACACACUGGAAAUUAGACCUUUGCGAAAUGACUAUGCGUCUUUGUCCUCAAUUGACGAUUUUUGCGUUAAAGAAGAAAUGAAUAUUUCAUUUGGCAAACCUCACCUAAUUAAAAGAUCUUUGCAAUUAUCUGCUGAUUCCAGUUUUCAUAAUUUGGAUAAUUUUAAACUAAAGCGACGUGAUGUACAAAAUAUGGAAGAAAAAUUAACUGUAGAAUUGGCUAUUAUUGUCGACGAAGCCGUAUAUAAUAUCUUUAUGCCUCUCUUGCACAAUGAUGAGAAAAUAUUGCACAUGAUGAUAUUAGCGUAUGUGAAUAAUAUCCAAGCUGCGUUCCAUCAUCCUAGUUUGGGUGUUUCCAUCGAUAUUUCGUUGGUACAUUUGGAAAUUAUGAAUGAACAAUCGUCAGAUUUGCCAACUUAUGGAGGCAGCGCUGUAGAACUGCUCGAUUCGUUCUGCAAUUACUUGGACACUCGCAAUCCUUCGGACGACAAUGAUCCGCGUCACUCGGACGUUGGUCUUUACAUAACCGGACUAAAUAUUACGCACCCGGACUACAACGUCGUAGGACUAGCCAACGCCACUGAAGUGUGCGAAUCAAAUACUGCGUGUGCCAUAGUAGAAUUCGGUACUGCACAUAUUCUGACAUCAGGUUUUGCAUCAUCUUUCGUUGCUGCUCAUGAGAUCGGACAUAUCUUAGGAUUGAGACACGAUACUGAUUACAUGAUGCCAUUAUGUGAUAAAUACAAACACAUAAUGUCACCUUUCAAAUUGCGUUACGAUCAAGUAACAUGGUCCGAGUGCAGUCAAAUGAUAGCUACACAUAUCUGGGAUACAAAAGAGUGCCUCCGAGAUCAUACGAUAAAUCUCAAAGACGUAUAUGAUCAUUCGCGUUAUGAAGACUUACCCGGAAGACAAUGGACCGCCAAAGCACAAUGCGAAGUAUAUUUUCGAGACAAAAAUGCGAACGUAGUGUCGUUGCUCGAUAUAUGUAAAACCUUACAAUGUGAAACGCCUAAAGGUAAUUUGUCUUCCUUCACGGGAGCGGCGUUGCCAGGAACUUAUUGCGCACCCGGGAAGGAAUGUCACGGCGGAGAAUGCGUGCCCGUGCAGAAACCGCCUAUCGAGUAUUGUGAUUAUGAUAAUUGGAGUAAAUGGGAAGAAGACACCUGUCGAAGGAGUUGUCUUGAAAAAUCUAAAGGCGUAAUAAUCAGACGACGUUCUUGCCAACAUGGAAUUCGUAGAACGGCAAGUUGCAAAGAGCCAUAUUACGACGUGGCUCUGUGCGAUGCCUCGAUAUUUUGCAAUGCUAGUAAACGCAAGACAAAUUCCGACUUUGCUACUGAGAUGUGCAUCCAAUUUAGCAAUAUGACAUACGAACUUAAGGGCAAACUAGGAAAACAGCCAGGAAGGCAGGUCCCUCAUAAUGUCGAGGAACCAUGGCAAGCCUGUACUAUACAUUGCCUAAAAAAUGAUUCUUUUGUCAAAGAACUACGCUCCAAAAUGAUCAAAUUUGAUUUUGAUCCAUACUUUCCAGAUGGAACGUGGUGUCAUAAUAAAAAUGGUAAGAAUUAUUACUGCCAACAACAUUAUUGUCGGCCGGUAGACUACUCUUCAGUAUAAUUGUCGAAAGAUUAUCGAUGUGUGUGAACGAGGAUUGAGAAAAGAGAAAAUUAUGAAACGCGCAUCAGUCUAGAAUAGUUGUUCAAUUCGUUUAGUACCCAAUAUUCGAUCUCACAAUCUGUCGUUGUUAAUACCUGUUUUGCGUAUUAUCCACAAUUUAAUUAAUAAAGAGAACUAGACUAAGAGUUACGUCGAAUUAUCAGCAUCUAAAACUAAUUCCAUCGAUUAGCAAUAGCAUAAACAUGAAAAAAUAACAAAAAAAUAAUAGGUAACAUUUAAUAUGUUUACAAAACGCGAAAAUAAAUAGCGAAAUAAAGUAAAAGUACUUCUAUUCCGUAUGAGACAUUGUGUCCACAGAAUGAACGACAACCAUUACGUUACUAUGUUAUGUAUUUUAAUAGUCUACUAAUGUUUCAUUAAUAUUUAUAUAUAAACGAUUAACGAA